AUGACAUGGUGUCACCUGACUCUAUGCCUUUUCGGUGCUGUCGGAGGUGAAGUUACUAGAGUUUACCCUCCAUCACCCACCUACAUUCCCAGUCCCCAUGAUAUGCUGCAGCUUCAACAGACAUGUACGGGGUAUCCUGAAGCAGGCGUACAGUAUCUCCAUCUCCCAUCCGAGUCGCUCCUGUUGUACCCAUCCGGAGACGCCGUCAUAAUCCUCAAUGCGCGAACCCUGGCACUUGUGCGCGUCCUGGCAUUCUGGGAAGCAUUUCCCGGCGCGAAACAUACCUCCGACAAGAUUUCUUGCAUCUCAGUCGACUCUGGUAUGAAACUUAUAGUUGCCUCAAUGAAAUCCCGAAUAUGUGCCUGGUCACUUUCCGGUACCCAGCAAGACAUCUGGAGGAUUCAUUCUACCCUGGUUCUUCAAGAGAACCAUGAAGUUACGACUUUGGAUAACAAGGCCGGUCUUCUUGCUGUUGGGUGCGAGAGGAGGCUGUCGCUCUACACACUUGUUCUCGAGAAUGACCUUCUCACCUGGUCUGCAAAGUGGACAGCUUCCACUCCGACGCCAAUACUGUUGAAUAUCGCACCAUCCCUGAUGUACAUUGCUACUGUAUCGAAAAAGGAUAAUGGAGUGAGGCUAUAUUCCACUACAUCAGGGCGACAAACACAACUACUACCUCAUCCGCGCCCAGUCACGAAGGUAGCGUGGCGGCGGUCGCAGGCUUCGAGCCGCGACGAUCUUAUACUGUACUCGGUAACAUCGGAUGCCACCCUGCGUAUAUUCUUUCCAGUGCUCGACGCCCCAGAUUACUUGCAACUUCACGCCUCUUUGGACUUGUUCUCGUCUCUACCAUUCUCCGUCGUAGAACAACUAGAGUCAUCCUCGUCUUCCGUGUUCUGGUUAGAUCGCAGAACAGUAGAGAAAGUCAUCCUAUAUAUCCUCAAAGACGAAUCACAAGUCGACGACGCUCGCACGAGACGGAUAAAGGAGAUCAAGGAUGAAGGAUGGGACUUAUUCCUGAGAGUAUUGGCAGAUGGAUCAGUCGUCGUAACUGCUGUUGCGAACAUAGACCGCCGACCACCCACACUGCUUCAGCAAUUCACGUUGCAACAAUCUCAGCCAUCAAUAUUCUCCCACCCACCGUCAUUCCUUUAUGUCCUUCCUCACCCCGAGCCUACACUUCUAUCUCUAAUAACAUCGCCUCCACUAAUGUCGAUAAAUCUCUCUCCACUAUCCUUCUUUGAUGCAAGGUCAGAUGGCCUCAAAACAAAUGCCACAUUCUUGGAACGCAUUGCCGAAGAAAAGUCCGAAAUCAUUCGAUUCAUUCGGACACCAGAAGGCAGCGGCGUUGGUGCCCUUCGUAUGCAAGGAGGCGAGAUCUGGACUAUUGCAGAACGUGGAACGAAGGUUGUUCGAGGGUCAAGUUGGGAUCGAGCUGAUUUUGUCGUUGUCCUCGCUCACGGGAAGCAGUUUGUCACUUAUACCAAAGACGACGGCAUCGCCAUUCUUCACUCUUCCCCUCCUCAGACGCUUCAAAUCCCUCAUCUUGAAUCGCUUUUCACUAUGCCCUCUGAGUUUGGCUACGAAUAUGUGAUCGGGAUAACUGCAGAUUUUGAAAUAAUCCAGAUCAAAGUCACAGAUGCUCCUAGCAUGCUCAUCAUCGCCCAGAACCGGCUCCCUCUGUCCUACACGCCGCGGUUCAUCCUACCUGUCGACCCAAUGGCUUGGGGCGGCACUGGGACUUGGGCUGAUCGUGAUCUCAUUCUCAGCAUAUCUGAAAGUGGAGAACUGGCUUUCUGGGUACACGAAGGUAAUAUGGAGAAUGGGUGGAGAUGCAGUGGCAAAGUGAGAACUGGCCGCAGCGGGUUCAGAAAGGUUCGCUGCAGCUCUGCGAAGAAGACGGCUCUCAUCGUUGGUGGCCCUAACGGUGAUGAACUCACCAUCUGGGAUUCAACGGAAUCCGAGUUUGCCUCUGGCCUUGAAUAUCGAGGAGACUAUGGUGAAGAACUUCUUGACCUGGAUUGGAGCUCUACUCCCUACAUGCAAUCGAUCUUGGCCGUUGGAUACGCCCACCGGAUAGACAUUCUUUGCCAACAACGGAUGACCUACUUCGACGACGGCCCAGGUUGGGGAUUGUGUCGAACCAUAGACAUCUCCAGCUUCACUCCAUAUACGAUUAGCGACUCCAUAUGGCUUGCCCAUGGAUCGUUGUUGAUCGCGGCUGGGCAGCAGAUGUACCUCUACAGCGAGCCUCCUCCGAAUCGGAGUGAGGUGGGCAAGACCAAUGAGAGUUUAUUCGAGUAUGUUGCGCGCCAAAACGGACCUCUAGAUGACUACCACCCUCAAAUGCUGCUCCAAUGUCUGAUGUGGGACAAAAUUGAACUGGUAAAAGAGAUCAUAGUUAACCUUGCCCGCUUUUUCUUGGACAAAGGUGGCACGUCCAAGGGUUCAAGACCACCGCCACUCCCUGUGGACAGAUUCUUACAGAAGGAGCAAAUCAAGCCAGGGCGCGUUCCAAAGAAGCAACAUGGCCUUCUUUUCAAUGGCACCACGACGCCGGACGACUCCGACGAAAUUGCGUUUACGCGCCCUGUAGUUGCUCAACUCCUUGAGGCGCUAGAGGCGCAUCCCUUACCCAAUUUGUCAAGCAACGAACAAGCGCAUUUGCUGGUCCUAAUCCAAGCAACCCUGGAGAUCGAUGAACAACGACGAGCUUUAGACUCCAAUGGUCUUCGUUAUUUAAUAUCCAUGCGGUCUUUCUACAUUAUCAAUCGCCGGACAUCACCUACUUCAGAUAGCAUGACGAAUGGAACAGCUCCCAAGCAGUCAGCACGGAGAGAAAGGCUCCGAUAUCGUGAUAUGUUCUGGGCAUUCCAUAGUGAAAGCCAGGACUUAUUGCUCAAUGCAUCAACUGCGGCGUGUGACGGCAAGAUGACAUGGUCGGAUGCUCGGGCACUAGGGGUUGCGCUUUGGCUUAAUUCUGUGGAUUCGCUCAAAGCCCAGUUUGAAGUUAUCGCGCGAAACGAAUACAUGGCUGGGGAAAAUCGCGAUCCCACAGCAUGUUCUCUCUUUUACUUUGCGUUGGGAAAGACCAAGCUCGUUCAAGGACUUUGGAGACAAGCAGCUUGGCAUAAAGAGCAAACUGUUAUGCUUAACUUCCUAGGAAAUGACUUUACCACCCCCCGUUGGCGUACGGCAGCACAAAAGAACGCCUUCGCCCUUUUGAGCAAGCAAAGGUUUGACUACGCGGCGGCCUUCUUCCUACUUGGUGACUCCCCGAAAGAUGCAGUGAACGUAUGCGCUAAACAACUAGGAGAUUUCCAGCUCGCCGUUGCCCUCGCAAGGAUUGUCGAGCAGGGCAAUGACGGCCCGAUACUGCGAGAAAUCCUUACAAAUACAGUCCUUCCUAUUGCUUUCGAGCAUGGUAACCGGUAUCUAGGUGCUUGGGCAUUCUGGUUAUUGCAUCGACGGGAUCUGUCUGUUCGCAUUCUUGUUACACCUUUACAAGAUAUCAAGGCAGCCUUCGAUGUUAAGGUCACGGAAAUAGGAGAGCCGCACUACGAUGACCCGAGUCUUGCAGUCCUGUUCUCGCAACUGCGAUCGAGGACUCUCCAAGCAGCGAAAGGCACCAGCGAAAUUUCAGGUCGGGCAGAAUUCAACUUUGUGUUGCAGAUCGCACGUGUAUUCUGCAGAAUGGGAUGCCAUGUCCUGGCUUUGGACCUGGUUUGCUCUUGGUCAUUUGCAAGACCAUCGACGGCACUGCGGAAUGGCCUAACAUCCUUCACGCCUCGUGGUGUUGCAGCUCCAGUUCCUUCGCGGCCUCUCUUCCCUCUAGAACCGGCGUUGCGCCGACGGUCGACGAUCAUGAUCGAUAUGGAUAUUCUUUCCCUUCCACCGACACGCAAAGCGUCGCCUGACAGCAAAACACAAGCACAUCCAAUCGACAUCAUCCAGGAGGAAAGCGAUUUGUUCGCCAGAAAAGCAGGACUCGGAAAUCUCAUGAAGUCUGCUAAACAUGAUGUCAACGUACCUGAGUUCGACAUGAGUGCAUUCUUCUGA